ACGGUAUGGUACCGUACCGGUAAGCAUGCUGCACAUGGGCCGGCGCAAGAGUUAUCCUAUUUUAUUUCUGUAGACGUGCAUAACUGAUCUGAGCAAAAUGACGACAAUACGACCUUUCACAUGUGACGAUUUAUUCAAGUUCAAUAACGUGAAUAUGGAUUAUCUCACAGAAACUUAUGGGAUUCCAUUCUAUCUCCAAUACUUGGCACAUUGGCCGGAGUAUAUUCAAGUCUGUGAAGCGCCCGGAGGUCAGAUCAUGGGAUACAUCAUGGGCAAAGCAGAAGGAUCUGUCGCCCAAGAGACGUGGCAUGGUCAUGUGACUGCAUUGUCUGUUGCCCCAGAGUACAGGAGACUGGGAUUGGCUGCUAUCAUGAUGAAUAUUCUGGAGGAGAUAUCAGAGAGGAAAGACUGCUUCUUCGUCGACUUGUUCGUUCGUGUGUCAAAUGAGAUUGCAACUAACAUGUACGCUCGGCUUGGGUACACUGUGUACAGGAAGGUCUUACAGUACUACUCGGGCGACCCUGAUGAAGAUGCGUAUGACAUGCGCAAGGCUCUGAGCCGAGACAAGGAUAAGAAAUCAGUGAUCCCCCUCAAGAAUCCUGUCAGACCUGAAGAUGUGGAAUGACAAUGAGCUGGUAAACUUGACUUGGAGCAUUACAACUUAGGACCUACCACAACACACAAAUCCAAAUUGCUACAUAAGCAAUUCAUUGUCACAUGGGGUAUUCAAAUCAAAAUGUCUGUAUGUAAUAAAUACAAUAUUUCCUUCACCAUUUGAUUAUGGGAAAGAUCCAGGGAAACUCACCGGAAGGAUAUAGUGUAAUCAAAUUCUUGACACUGUCGGAUUUGGAUCAUGGUUUAAGCUAAUCAAGAAGUUAGAACAUUGGCCUGUAAAUAUAUAUCUCAAUAUAACUAAAGAAAAAACAAUUAGAACAAAAGUACUUCCUUUGAUCUGUAAUAUGUUUAUGUUGAUAUAGACACCAUAAAAAAAUUUAUAGGUCUGAUGAGGUCAUAUCAAGAUUCAAUCCUGCAUUUUUAGAAGACAUCCAUUAUGGUAUUUGAUUGCAACUGUUUCUCAAUUUAAUAGAUAAUGUUGACUGAUUAUAUGGAUAUGUUCUAAUUGCAGGGCCUAAAACUAAAGCCAUCCAAGGCCAUGGCAAUUGAUGCUCUUAAUAUUUGAUUUGCCUCAAUGCCCCUCACAUUGGCCAGAGAUUGGUUGUGCCCUUU